AUGAUGGGGCGUCAGGGUUCCCCACUGGCCGUGUUGCUGCUGGUGCUGCCCCUGCUGGAGGGUGCGGAGCAGAACCCGGGUCCCCCAGGGUUCAGCCGUAUCAUGGGAGGGCAGGAUGCCAAGAAGGGUAAGUGGCCCUGGCAGGUCAGUGUGCAAGAAGAUGGAGCCCACAUCUGUGGAGGAUCCCUCAUCUCAGCCCAGUGGGUGGUAUCAGCCGCUCACUGCUUCAAUCCCUCUCUCCCCAACGCUGUAUAUAGCAUGAAGCUGGGGGAGUACCAGCUCUCCAAUCCCUCCACCCAGAGCUCAUCCCGUGUGAGUCGCAUCGUCAGGCACCCCGACUACAAGGAGAACACGUUAGUCGCCGACAUCGCCCUGGUGCAGCUGACGGAACCUGUCACCUUCACGGACACCAUCCGCCCCGUCUCCCUGCCGGGCUCCUCCACCCAGUUCCCAGCCGGGGAAAAGUGCUGGGUCACGGGCUGGGGCAACACGGGGUCGGGGUGUAAAGGUACGCUUCCACCGCCCCAGACACUUCAGGAGGUGCAGGUUCCUCUCGUCGAUGUGUCGACCUGCAGAGCACACUAUGGGGAAUGCAGUCAUUUGAUCAAAGAUGACAUGCUGUGCGCUGGGUCUGUAGGAGUCAGUCGUGAUAGCUGCCCGGGUGACUCCGGGGGGCCUCUGGUCUGUGGAAGCAACUUCCUCUUGGUUGGGAUCGUCAGCGGGGGAAACGACUACAUAACCUGUCAAGUCCCCGUCCCAGGGCUGUACGUCCGGGUCUCAGCCUAUGCCAAUUGGAUCCAGGAAGUCACUGAUGGUGCCAGCCCCUCGGCCUUCUCUCCUGCUGUACUGCUGCUUGCUGGGCUCCUCCUGACAACCCUGUGA